CUACUUCCGGGUUGGGCUGCUGUGAUUGGUGCAUUUGAGCGCGUGGAUUCAUGGGAAAGCGCGGUAUUCAAAUCUGUUUCCGGUACCUGUCGAAAUGGAAAAUAUGGAGCCCCAUAAGAACAGUGCAACAAGGACACCCCUCAAUAGUGUUGUCCAGAGGAGGAGUAAAAGCAGGAGCUACCGACAGUCAUACCGCAGCUGCUUAGGGGCAGCUUCACGUCUCUGCUUCACGCCAGCGAUGACAUCACGGCGACUCAACACCAUCAGAAAAGCACCAAAGUUGAACAAUAUUGUGGAUAAAGUGGAUGCCCAGCAGCUAGCCUUACUGAUGAAAACAGAGUGGCAGCUGUCCUGCGUCACACCUCUCCAUCAUUUCCGCUACACCCAACUGAAGAGCUAUGCCAGGCAGCUCUCUGAGUAUAUGACAGCAGAGAAGCAACAAGGCCUGGCAGUGGGGGUGGAAGGAGCACUGAGCUUCAGAGUAACUUUCUCAGUGGUUCAGGGGAUGGCCCAGACAGACGUUGAUGCAGAGACCGUCUUAAUACAGAUUUUUUCCAAGCCGUUGUUUGCCAGGAAGGAUGAGCCUGCCAUAAUGAAUGAAGUCUGGAAAGGCUGGCUAACAUGUAUCAAUGGCAGCUCUGAUUAUAUCAACUCCCUUCCAAAAGAUUUUACUUGUCUUCCCCUAUUUGGCAGCAGCGGGUUGGCGGCGCUCACCGCUUUGGUGAAAUCGUGGUUCCAGAGGAAUUUUGACUGUUGCUUUGCCCCGUCAGACAUCAGCCACACAAGCUUGCAGUGGUUGGUGGCCCUAUGGACCAACUGCCACACAGAGUCUGAUAUCCAGCAACUCAAAAUGAUUUGGACUCUUCCGGUGGUGCCACUGCUGCAGGUCACCUAUUCCGUCAGUCCUGUUGAUGCCUGGCAUCUAUGGUGCAGUGUGAGAAGGGAUUCACAGGAAAUGGAAGAACAGGAUAGUAUUGUAAUUGAUGAGGUGAUGGGGCUCAUGAAAGGACUCAUGUGCCACUUCUACCGACACUUCCGGGUGGAUCUAUCAGCCGGGAGCCUGACUUCUGUGUCCACGUCGCUGGGUACAGCCAAAGGCAGCGGCAAGAUCAAGUUUUCCAACAGCAAAUGCAUGACUACCAUGCUGACGCUGCUGACGGAGUGCGCCUUCCUCAGAAUGCCCAUUUGAAGAAACACACCAAUGCUUGGAGGUCUUUUAUGCAGAGUAACAUCUCAGUGGCCUAAGACUUUUGCAGCUGCUUGUUUUUAUUUUAUUACAAUAAAAAUAAAUGUUUUUACUCUUUGUUUACAAUAUGAACACACUUGU